AUGCAGAUAGAAGACAUCCUCUUGAAAGGAAUACGGCCGAAGAGGCAAAAAAGAGCUCCGAAAGAAGAUGUUAAGUACGAGAUUGAUGGAGAGAAGCUUAUGCAUCUUGACGGAUUUGAAUCGUUGGCCGCAAAGCUGGCGUUUGAGUCGCCUCUCUUGGUGCAGAAGAUUGUAAUUCCAUACUUUCUUAGUGGCAUUAAUGUGAUUGUCAGGGCAUUUACAGGUAGUGGCAAGACACUGAGCUACUGCUUGCCUCUCGUAGAGCUUGGAAUGCAGAAGGAUGUUUUUGGAGUUGUGAUUGUGCCUAGUGCAGCGCUUGUGAAGCAAGUGCUAAUGUGUCUGGAUGAAAUCAAGGGCAGGCAGAUGCGUGUAAGGGGUGUGUAUGCAUAUGCAAAUGGAAUGAAGCUGAUGCGGUGUGAAAAUAAUAGAGUGGUUGAUGAGGAAGUACUUGCUGUAGAAAAGGCUGUUGGAGAUGCAUUUCUGAAUACGAAUGCAAGAGUUUUAGUAGCAACGCCUGAAGGAUUGCUGAGGGUGUGUGAGAAUGUGAAGAUAAGUGGUAUUACACAUCUUGUAAUAGAUGAGGCAGAUUUCCUGAUCUGCAAAAACUCGAUUGAACAGUUUGGACGGAUUCUGAGGGUUUUGGAUCUCCGAAGCGCACAUGUCAGCUGCUUCAGUGCAACAAUCAACGAGUAUGUUGCUGAGGUGAUGGAUGCGAUUUCAAAUGUUACGAAGAUACACAUAUGGUCAAAAAGAUACUUUGAUCAUGAGUUUGUGUUUGGAACAAACAGAAGAAUAAAGCAUCUUGCACUGAUGCAGGUGAUUGCUGAUGGCGUUGAGUCUCCAGCACUGAUUUUUGUUAGAGACGAAGCAACCGGAGAGAUGCUCAGCAAGAUGCUUGAAAAAAGCGCCGUGUACACAGAAUGUAAAUGCCAGCAGGAAGGGGAUAUGUGUAAAGGAAGUGCCGAUUGCGGAGAGCAUUGUGUGCCAGACAUGAGCAUUAUUGACGACUUCCGCAUGAAGAAGACUUGGUACCUGUUUGCAACAGAUUCCCUGAGCAGAGGCGUUGACUUUUACAACGUCCGGAGUGUUAUUAACUACGACAUUCCUGACACAAAGACGCAGUUUGUGCAUAGGGCUGGCAGAGUCAAUAGAAACUGUAGUGGACAGAAAAUAUAUAGCAUUUAUUCGCGUGAGGACUUUGAGAGGAUGGGCGUUGUGGUUGAUUUUCUCGAGGAAAAUGGACACAGGGUGCCUGAACACAUUGCAAAGAUUGCUGGCAGAACUGCAAAGCCGUUGGGAUAA